AUGACUGCUGCCGAUGAACCAGAAGAGAACGCCAGCCCAGGCGCUUUGCAUGAGACGACCGCAACCCCAACAGGACCCGACACGAAACCCUCACAACCAGUCGAUACAGUGACCCAACCACUUGAAGAGAAUACUACGACAGCGAAUACUCCCACCUUCCCCGAGCCUCCUUCUCAGCAAACCCAGCAAGCCGAGCAAAUCGACACAGACACAGAUCCCUCACCCAGCAACACCACCUCGGCAGCCACUACAUCUAUUCCCACUCCAGCCGCACCUCCAGCAGAAGAAAUACCCUCCACCACAGCCUUCGUCUCCCCUUCCCCAGCCCUCCCGCCCCUUUCCCGCAGCACCUCAUCCGCCAGCCCUUUCCGCCGUCCUCGCUCACGCACGCCCUCCAGCACGCGCACGAGCAGUCGAGCUCUAAGCCAAGUCUUCGACAGAUUGAGGGAUAUCAGCCGCAGCUCCACGAGGAGCAAACGUGACAAAGGAAGCCGCAGCCGGCCGGCGAGUCUUGUCUUGGGGAAUCCGGAUCUGUUGGAAGACAGCAAUGAAGAUGCGGCGUUGAGGAAGACGAAUACGACGGAUUUCGCUCUGGGCGAUUUCUCAGAUGUCGCGGUCAUGGCUACCCGUCCUGAAGCCACACGUUCUACCUCCAGCUUCUCCGUCAUGGGGAUCCGCUCCACGGAACGCCGCGUAGACUCUUGGGAAGAACCCCGUCCGCCGUCUUCUUCCACCCGAGGAAUCACCCGCGUCAUGUCCAUGGCCUCACCGACGCGGACUGAAGCCUGGAAUGAGCCCGACGCGCAGCUCCCGCCGCCGAAGACCCCCGAGGAGAGGACGGGAACGCCGAGACGGCUGGGCAUUCUGCCCAGUCCGGCUCCUACGGCGGCGACGUUUGAGGAGGGACGUAGAGCUAGUGGGGAGGUGGCGAGGAGGAGGAGUAGUGCGGCUGCUUGGAGGCCUGUUACUCAAGACGGGGAUGGGGAGGGUCCGGAGUUGGCUACGGUGCCUAGUGAGGGGGAGAUGAGUCGACUGGGGAAAGAGGAGCAAGAAGAUGUUGUGAAGGAAGAGGAGGAGAGACCGGCGCCGAUUCGGAAGAGCAGUGAUCUGGCAAUCUUGCCUAGCCAGCGAACAGGCGAUGGUGAAGGCCCUACCUCUGGUGAAGAGAUCUCGACAUCGCCGACCUUUGUUCCACCGAGCCCUUCGCGACCUCCACCACAACGUCCACGCAAACUCUCGGACCUCCAGCUUUUGCCUAGCCAGCGCCGUCUCUCGCCGCUGAACAUCGCUCGUUCGGACAGCAUGACGCUGACGACGCUGAAUUUCUCGAGUAAUGAGAGCGUGGAUGCUGAGGCGGAGGUGCACGAGGCGAGUCCGGUGACGAUCAAGGAGAUGAGUCCGGCUGUGGUUGUUAGUGGAAAGAAAGUUGGAGAGGAAGACGGGGAGGAGAGGACGCCUAUUGUGGCAAAGAGGAGGGACGAGGAUCUGUACGAGAGAACUCCUGUUGCUACGAAGAUGAAAGAGGAGGAUUGGGGAAAGGAGGAUAGGAAGGUCUCAGCUUCGACGACUGCGGAUUUCGAGGACGCGAGGAGUGAAGUCUCUGCUGAAGAUGGCGCGCAGCAGGAAAGCUCACAUCACAGCACGAAUCCUACGACUUCGAGACAUUCUUCUGUUUCGAGCUUGGGAGCUGGGGCGCGGAGAGCUACCGCCGAAGAGGCCGUCGAUGAACAGCCUGUAAUGUCUGCUCAGGCUGUACCUGCUGGACCCACGGGAGCCAGUCCGCACACGACGCCUGAGAGAGCUCACCCCCAUGCUGGGGUGCUACAGGAGUUGACUGCUGCCGCGGCGAGGAGGCACGAACAACCUCAGCAGUUGCAACUUCAAGACGCGGGAGAAUACCAACAGCGCUUCGCGAGUCGUCAGUACACCGAGCAGAGGCCUGGGAUGGGCGAACGGCCGAUGUCGUAUAUGCCCCUGCCGAGAGACGAUCAAGGUCUUCCUGUGCAGGAGACGAUCUCGACGGGAACGGGAGAAGCACUACAAUCUCCACGUCCUCCACCGUCGCAACCUGCAAUGCCUGUGGAUCUCAGCAAUAUGGCGGGUCCUCCACCUGGUGCGCCUCCGUUCUCACAGCAUCCCGCUGUGAGGAACAGCGGCAGUGUUCAGCCUACUCAAUACGAACGACUCCGUUCCUCAGUAAUCUCCACUGGAAGCGGCCACACACCACAAUCAAGCAUCGACACGGGCGGUCGGCCGCCUUCAGGGUUCUUUCGCGGACGACCUGAGCAGGCCGCUGGGGCUCCUCCACCCAGCAGAAUCUCCGAUCAGCAUGGUCUGGAGGGCUUGCAUGCGUACGGACAAGUCGGUGCGGAUGCGGUGCAGCGUCCACCUCAGCAGGACGAUGGGAAGCAAGCAAGGAGACGUUCGGGACUCUGGGAGUCGUUGACGAGCAGACGGUCGAGUGCGCAGAGGUUUGAUUCGAGUCGGGAGAGUUCUGUGGCGCCUUUAGAAGCUCCUGUCAUGAGCGCUGCACCCGCCGCUGCUGCUGCAAGUGCUGAGGUGCCCACGACUUCAGAAGAGAGCAAGAGGAAGACACUCAAGAAACCCCAGCGCGCUUCGUCGAGUGUCGCGGAUGCCGAGCCGAAGAAGAAGCGUUUCUCGAAGCUGGGGUCCCUCUUUGGCAGGUCGAGCACGACGGGAGGCAAUGUUACUACGAAACCGAAUCGUUUGACGAAGAAUGCGCCGCCCACGAGGGAGAACAGUAUCGCGCAGGCACCGAAGCCACCGUCGCAACAGCAGCCGCCGCAGAAUAGCAGUACCGUUGUGGGAAGCGUGCGAGGCUAUGAGGCUUACGAAGCGAUGCGGAGGAGGGAUAUGCCUGCUUUCCAGGAGAAUGCCGCGAAUGUUCAAGGGUCGCCUCCUGCGCAACUGCCGUCUUUACCUGCUGGGGAGAGUGUUGAACCUCCUCUUGGUGGGUGGUACGGUCCGCAAUCAGAACAGCAGCAAGAGCGCCCUAUGUCGCCCACCGACGCCCCUCGCCCUGAGUUCAGAAGACUACACAGCGAGAGCCGCCGCGGAGGAAGCGAACGAGGCGGUCUCGCCCAAGUACCAGAGGCGUUCCGACCCGUCCAGGCGUCCUUCAAUCGUCCGGUCGAACCUAUUGGUCCGCCCGCAGGACAAGAACCACCAGUGAUGAGGAUGUCGGGGAGAGGAGGCCCGCCGGGACGACAGCCGUCGUAUCCUGGCCAGACGCCCUCGGCGGCGAUGGAGAGGAUGAUGGAUCCCUAUCAGCAGCCACAGCAGUACGCUCCACAGCCGCCUCCGCAGCAUCAACGCUACCCUUCUUACGGCUCCGAUACCACGCCCCCGCCGGUCUCAGCACGCUCAGAGUACUAUGCCCCCGGCUCGAGACCUUAUGGAUCGCUGCCGAGUAUCUCCCCCGUACAGUCCCGCACGGGAUAUGAGCGCGUGAACUCCAUCCCAGAAGAAACCACCGCGCGGUCUCCCGCGAGGGAGUAUGCGGAUCAGCAGACGCCUUGGGCGAUCACGCUUCCGCAGGGCGGUAGCAGCGGACCGAGCUCUCGAGCGAGUUCGUGGGCGAUGGGGAUGGGUUCUCCGCAGCAGGAGUUUGUCCCUCCCCCGCCUCCGCCGCAGUAUAGACCUCCCCCUCCUCCACCACCUCAGCAAGGACAAGGCCUAGUCCUCACCGCCCCAGCAAACGUCGGCUUCUACCCGCCUCCCCCGCGCGGCGUCCCACCACCCCGCCCCUUCACCAUCCCCUGGGAAGAAGACCAACCCAUCCGCCAAGGCCCCUACCCUCCCUUCCACCAACCCUACAACCACCCCCCACAACAACAAUCCCCACCGCGAGGCAGCGUCGGCCCUCCGCGCUUCUACGCCCGCCAGAACAGCGGCGAGUACCCCUACCCACCCUCACGACAGUUCGAAAGCGGCGAAUACUCCUACCCGCCGCGCCCGGUGGUGCAUCAGAGACGUCCUAGCUCCGGGUAUAGUGGACGGAGGGAUGAGCCUGCUGUGGGGGAGGAGGAGCUGGUUAUGAGGGGGGCGAGUUAUCCCGGGCAGGAGUGGACGCCUAGUGGGUUGGGGAGGGGUGGGUGGGAGUGA